GUGGAAAGUGCCAGUACAUACGAUAUUGUGUGCGUUCUUACAUUAACGUGUAUCUUCUGACCUUUUUAAGAAAUCCGAUGUCUGUCGCGAAAAGCUGCACUUCAUUGAUGGGAGUGCUUGGGUCGAGGAACAUAACUGGAUCGUUGAAUGGGCGACUCUGGAAGCCCUCCGCGUCCACACUACCUACAGUUUUCUGCAGCUCGAUGUGAUGUACGGCGACCUGACCAGGCUUGGGGGAACCGCCGGAACAGACUAUUCUUAUACAAGACAUCCAUUACACCAUUUUCUGAGGCGUCGUGGCUCACAAACAUGGGAGUUGACUUCAAGGAAGCCCAAGAGAUUAGGGCUAACGGCAGAACAGGCAGAGCCUUUGCCUUCGUCUGUUUUCGAUGGGAGCGCGAUGGCCGCAUGAUGGCAUUUCCUCUGAGGCUUGACCUGACUGGGCCUCCAACACUUGGAUAUCAACAUAACCCUGCCUGGAAACCUAUACCUUACGGUGUUGUCCGUACACAGAUUUCGAUGGACCACAUACUGCAGGCGGGAAAUACAUCGGCGAUGGAUCUGAAUGACAUGGAUUUUGAAGAUAUCAUCAAUGGCAUGGGGUCACUUUCGAUGGAUGUGUAGAUGCAGCGGACUAUGCUUACUCUACGUACGGUAGUCAAACUAGCAUACACACUCCUAACACAUUGGAAAGCUAGUCAUACCUCAACAGUGUGCUGUAUCUCCUUGCGAUGUAUAUUUGACGACCAUGGAACAAGCCCAAAUUUUUCUUGGGUUCUGCUAUCAUAGAAGCCAAGUUCCGUGAUAGUCCUGCCCUAACUCAUAGUGAACUUAUGCGGUGUUCACAAGAUUG